CAAAGAGCAAGGUCAAAGGUCACCAUGGCGCGUACGUGAAAAUUCUGAAUUAAGCCUUUGUCGGUCGGAGAAAAGAACGGAAAACAAUGAUUUGCCGUCGAUGCGUAAGAGUAACAGACCAAUAAUUUUCACUCAGGAAGUGCGACACCACGAUGGGUUCCUUGGAUAAGCUGGUAGUGACCUGUCACGGGCAUUACAAUGAUCCAGAACUGCAUUUCAAGUUACACUGGCUCAUCAAGCAACUUUCCAAUCUAACAGAGACAGAAACGUUAUCCGUUCAUAAAGUGGAGCCAUGGAACAGCAUCAAGGUAACAUUCAACAUUCCACGCCACGCUGCCACUCAUCUUCGAUCACUGGCCCAAAAUGGAGAUCCAUCUCUAAGAAACCUAGGAAUUUUGUCUGUGCAACUGGAAAAUGGAAAUGUCAUUGACUUGAACACCGGACCGCCACCUCCACCACCUCCUGCACCGGUUGCCCAGCAGCAACAGCAGCAGCAGCAGCAGCAACAGCAACAGCAUGUUCAACAGCCUCAGCAAGCACCACCACAGCAACAACAAAUUCACCAUCAGCAGCAACAUCAACAACAACAACAGCAGCAGCAACAGAUGCAAGCGCAGCAGUUUCAACACCCUCAGAUUCAGCAACAGCAACAAGUGGCACAGGCUCAACUAAAUCAGAAUGCAGGCUUUCCAUCUGUUCUCGGACAAAACCAAGGAAUAGGCAUGAACAUGAACGCCUCGCCUCAGGCUAUGGCCUCCAGAAUGGGUAUGACACCUUCUCCGGGGCCAAUGGUUAUGCAUGGAAACCCUGUAGCACCUCCUUCUCAAUCUCCUGUACCUCAGGCCAUGAACAGGGGCUUCAGUCAUAACACUAACCAGUUCCAGCAAAGAGGGGGCUUUCCCCCAAGACCAACUACCCCAACAGCUCAGUCUAUGUCGCCCAAUCCGAUGAGUUCAAUGGCCACGUUGGCACAAGGACAUAGUGUGCCUCCUAAUACACAUCUCACUCCAAGCAGUAUGAUGCAGGAUAGCAACCAGCCGGGGAAUAUGUUCCCUUGGGGUUUGACUGGCUUUCCACAGAGAGGACAACAACAUCAACAGCAACAGCAGCAGCAGCAACAACAACAACAACAACAGCAACAACAACAACAACAACAACAGUGGAACCAAAUGCCAUUCCAGCCUCAGCAGUCUCCACAGCAGCAACAACACCAGCAACACUUGCCAUUUCCUAUGCAUCAAGGUAUGUCGCUUGGAAUGGACAUGGCUGCAAAUCAAACACUACCUAGUUCAAUGGGAAACACACAGCAGGCUGGAAUUCCGUCACGGCCUCAACCUCCUCCUCCAGCUCAAGUGAAAAAGCCAGCCCCUAAGAAAAAGCGCAAGAGCAAGAAAAAGCAGAACCAUCCUCAAAUUCCACUGCCACCACCACUAAUGCCUCCCGACCCACGAACUAUGAACAAUCCCCCUCCUCCGCCUCCUUCUCAAGACCCACUUCAGCAGAGUAAACCACCCAAUCUAGCUUUGCCUCCGAGUCUCAUGAAUAAUCCUCUCAGUCCAGAUGCACCUUCUGUGCAGUCCAGAGUGAUGCAGCCUCCUCUGCAAUCAAGUGCAAUGCCUAUAUCAACGUCGUCUGGGCCAGUUCCAGAAUCUCUCCCCUAUUCCCAAUCCCAAUCACAGGUCACGACUGCGAUGUCAACAUUCCCUUUCUCUGAUACUUCAGGUUCUAAGUUGCCAAUGCCUCAAGGAACAACAAUCCAGCAGAGCCAAACAGGACAGGCCCAAAUUGGACAAUCUGACAUGUUGUUUACUCAAACCCAGCAACUCCAAGUGCCUUCGUCACAUGGACAGCACGCCCAAGUUGCCAAUAUACCACAAAAUUUCAUGCCAGGACAUCACUUAUUAGGUCAUCAUAACAAGAAAUCUGUAACUGCCUCUUUGACAAGCCCUUUGCUUGUCAAUCUCCUACAGAGUGACAUCACGGCUACGCAGUUCUCAUUUUCAUCAGAAGAGAUUAAGAGUACCAAUGCUUCAGCAAUAACCACAGGUGGUGUAGCAACGUCAAGAAAUGAACACACAUUACAGCAGUUGCAGCAACAUUUGCAACAGCAACAUGCACAGCAACAGCAUCAAUUACAGCAGCAGGUGCAUCAUCAGCUUCAACAACAGCAACAUCAGCAGCAUCAGCAGCAACAGUUACAACAAAUCCAGACCCAGCACCCUGAACUUCAGAACUUGAAUCCUCAGCAACAACAGCAACUGCAGCAACUCUUCGCUAAUUCAGGACAACCACAAGCAACCAAUGUCCCUGGUCAACCACCAUUUCCUCAACAGACCCAUUCCAAUGUACCAAACCAGAGUGUUGCUCCCUACUCCAUGUCAUACCCUCAGCCAAUCUUCAGCACACCACCCAUUCAGAUGGGUUCUGCAGGUCCUACACCUACAAGUAGUUUACCUGUUUCAACAUCAGCAGAAAAGGUUACAUUGUCAACAACAGCAGGAUUCCCUGUAACAUUGCCAAACCAGAUAGGACCAGGUUUACCAGGCUAUCCUCCCACUAGACCAGAAUUAAGAGCUAUCCCUCGAGGCCCAAGUCCAAGAAUGUCUAUUCCUGUGCCAUCUUUACACUUUGAUCCAAGCAGGACACAGUCACCACAGGUACCUCCCUCAGUUGCUGCUCUUAUUUCAGCAAGAUCUCAAUCAUCGUCACCUCCAGGAGCGGGACCAAGACAGCAGACACCACCUAUUGGAGGAAGGAUGGCAUCUGGAUCUGGAUAUUUGCCUCCACCAAUUGCAACAUCCAGUAUUGCUACAGAUGUUCCUAAAACAACUGCAUUUCAUCAACCAACCUUCACUACCGGUUCCGGAAGUUCAUUUUCUGCAGCAAGUGCUACUGUUCCUCCAGCAACCACUUCUCAUGUCCAGACCACAGCCAGUAGCAUCAUGCAGAGCGCUGUUCACAAGCCUGUAAAGGAAUCAGAUAAACCAGUUGCAAGUGUUGAAAAGAUGGAAGAAGAUCACUCUUUUGAUGAGGAAUCUGCGAUGGCAUCCAUGACUGAAGCAGAAAGAGACACAUUUGCAAUGGCAGCAAGGAUAGUUCAAGAAGUGAAAGAUGAAGAAGAACAGAAAUUCAAAAUGGUAACUCCACCCACUAAAACAACACCUUCGCAAAAGAAGAAACAAAAAACUGCCUCGACGUCUCGUCAGUCUCACCUGCUCUCUCAACCCUCUGCAAAAAUUUCUUCCCCAAUGAGCCCCAAUCCUCCAGCUCCACCACCUCCUCCAAGUACCCGAGAGCUCUUGGGUAACAUCUCGCAUCCCAUUAGUGGGGGACACAUUAACAAAGGAGAGACUCAUUCUUCUAAUUUUUCCAAUAUUCCUUUUUCUAGAGGAUUCCUUGGAAGUUCAAAUUUUCCUCCAGGUGGGGCGCCACCCACAAACAGCCCAUCAUCUCAAGGCUUAGUUCAACGAUUUGUAGGGAACCCAAGGGGUAAUAUGUCAAUUCCUCCUCCGCGAAUGGCAGCUCCACCUGCGGUUUCUUCUACGCAACAAUUUACUGGACAGAAUGUGAAUGUACCUGUAACCUCCAUGAUUGCUGGUGGAGGCAUGGCGAAUCCUGUUAUUGGGCAAGAGAGUGAUCUGAACUUCGGUCAACCUCCUGUAAGCAGAAGUCUAUCAAGGCCUGCAACAACAACGCAAAUUACAACUACAGAUGGUAUUCAGACGAUCGAUAGAAUGGUAGACCUAAGUAGGCAAAUGGGCUUUGGUUCAAUGAGCGUUGCUGAUCAAGUGCUUGGUGCUCAAUUACCACAGAUGGCUAAAACAGAACAACAUUCUUUUCCACCUGGAAGUCAGAUGUACCCCUCUCAGGUUACUUCUCACCCGACAAAUCCUACAAUGGCUGGUCCAACUCCAAGCAUGUUGCAGGCAUCACAUGCACAAGGUGAUAACUCUAGCAAUCAACCUUUCAACUGGCCUUUAGACUUUCCACCAUCAACAUCAUCAAGCUUGACAUCGGAAGGGCUGCGUUUCAUGGAAAAACUAGCAAAUAAUCCAAGAGAAAGCCAGUCUGUGCGUUCAACAUCCAAUCCCCCGGCGUAUGGCGCUCAAGGCAGUGACCCAUCUGGGGCUGAAAAGAAAGAUGAUAAAUCUCAUCUCAAGGCAUUACUAAGUGAAAUCAAUGUUGCCCCACAGAUUGCUUCAACUGCUUCAACUACUGUGCACCAACCUGUAACUUAUGUGACAACUCAUUCAUCAAUCCAAGGACAGAGUAUGCAGCCUGUACUCUCAAGGGUAGUAGCCCCAAGCCAAAGUCCCAUGCUUAGCCAAAGACCGACAGACGUUCAACCUAAAGCAGAGGUCAGGUCAGAAGUAAAGCAGUUACUACAAGAAGAUAUUAUGAUGAGUAUUGCACAAGCAGCAGCAACAACCCAAAUUGCUUCUGCUUAUACUGCUGGAAGUGCAGUCGAAGAAUCAUCUAGCAAUAAAGCAUCUGUUCCAGGAAGUGUAGUAGUUAAGAAAGAAGGACAUGAGCAAACCCUCAAACAAGACGACAUGCCUAUCCUAAAGCCAUAUGGAGGCUUGUCAAGUCAAAUGCAGGAUACCAUACAUAUGCCUAGAUUAGCAGGAACGGGAAGGACCCCUGCAACUUCUGAUCCAAACCAAGCAAUAAUACCAGGUGUUCAACAAACUGCAUCUCUACCAAAUGUGCCUGCAACAAUAUCAGGUUCUGUGCCCUCGCAUUCUUCUGUUUCUAGUCAGCAAAUGAGGAGAACACCACCAGCAACAAUUGCCUUGACUCCUCCUUCAGAUAGUCUUCACAUUUCUACUGUUGAGCAGCAGAAAAUGCAUCCACAAGAUCUUCACCCUGUUCCAGGGGUGUCACCAACUAACCAAACUGGGCUUCCUACAAUGCCUGGCGUGUCUCAGUCACAAGUUGGAGAACCUCCUAUGGAUCAGGUUUCCAAAGUGCAGUCAUCAGAGGCAAAGUCUCCUGGGGCAGCAGCUGAGCGAAGUCUUCGACGUCAAAGAAGUAUCAGCCCCCAGAGUGAGCGAGCCUUCAGCAGUGCCAGUGCAUUGCUAAGUUCUAUCGCAAAGUCAGCCAGUGGACGAACAGUUGGGAGUACUACUGGGAGUACGGACAAACUUUCUUCCUCGGGAAGCAGUGUAGGGAGUGGUGGUGGAAAGCAAUCACCUGUUAUAUCAGAGCCACUCAGUAUUUCUCCAUCUCCAACACAAGCACCACCAGUGACCUCACCCAUGCCAAUUCUGCAGCCUCAACUAGCUGAAGCUCUUGGAAGUAUACCUGACUCAGCUGAUCUGACUAAACUUGCCACAUCUGCCAUUCGUGGUUUGAGUCCACCCCGUAUUCAUGAGGAAGAAAUCAAGCCACCUCCACAACACGCCUUAGACUUUCCUGCUCUGAAACAGCGGAGAAGGCGCUCGUCCAGUGGUAGAUCGUUGACCCCACCUAGGUCAGGUACACCUCCUGCAAGCUACAGACAAGGUAUGAUGGGUAGUUCCACAAUGAUGAGAGGGGGCACACCUCCAGCACAGACUGACAGGAGGCACUCACCUACAGUUCUGGGAGAAGUCAUGGGUGGUUCUCCACAUGGUAUGAGGUCCUUGAUGCCAAUGCCUCAGAGAAUGAUGUCCCCUGUAAAUGAAUAUGGCCCUUAUGGUGGACACAUGAUGAAGAAUAUGCAUCAGCAUAAUGCAUUUCAAGACCAGUUUCCAGGACAGAUGCAUGGUACCUCAAAUCUUCCACCUGGCUUGAUGGAGUUACAAGGACAGCAUCCCAUGCCUCCACAUUUUAUGGGAGGCGGAAUACCUGGUAAUGUUCAGCACUCAUCUCAGCCUGUCACAACAUCACUGCAGCAAGGGCAAGCUGGAGCUCAUCAGCUUGCAUCAAACAUGACAGAGUCUCCUACAUUGACUCAUCCAAGUGUGACCACACAAGGAAUUAUACAAAGCCAUCCAACAAAUGUACACCAGACUUUUGCCAGAGGACCUCCAGGCAGUCCAAGAUCAGGGCAGUUUGAUCCAUCAUCUGUUCCUGCUAGAGCUCCUCACACUUCUCAGCAGCUCCCAGGGAAUAUCGACAGUGGAGCCAUGCAGCCACAGAGUCGAAAUGAAGUACUGGCAAGUGUCCUGGGUCAACAGCAGAGUGCUGUGCAACAGGACUGGUCUCAGAAAAGUGAUUCCACUGGAAGUCUUGGGAGAGGUUUCCAAGGCCAAAUACCACAGUCUACAGUUACCACACCAAGUCAGGUCCAGCUGUCAAGGUCCUUCCCCCCUGAAGCAAAACUUACAGUUCUACCCACUCAACUCAAUGUAGAGAGCAGUAGUCAGCCAGGACAGGCUAACAAUGCUGCAACUGCAGCAACAACAGAGUCAUCAAUCCAGUCAUCUAUGGUUGCCGCUCAAAGUACAGUUUCAGAAGCUGUUACGAAUCCUUCACAGGAUACUGUUCCUGCUAUGAAAAAUGCUGAGAACAUUGCUUCGCAGUCAUCUGCUUUGCCUGCAAACCCCAUGGUGUCUUCUGCUCAACAAAAUGUAACAACAGCAGGGCAAGAUACCAAGGCACCUUAUCCUGGUAGCGCACCUGCUCCACCUCCUCAGCAUCAUCAAACUUCAGAAACUCUCAGUUCUGCAAGUACUGUCCUGGAUGCCAUCAACAAAGCGCAGAUCACUCCCGAACUCUUUACACCAGCCACCUUAACCACAACCACCUUGCCUCCAGAAACCCAAGUGACCAGCGCCCAAGUGACCAGCGCCCAAGUGACCAGCGCCCAGGUGACCAGCGCCCAAAGCUCUGAAACUGCAAGCCUACCGGUGCAUCAAAUGCUGCAUUCAGAUACAGGGCCACCAACCCCUGUCCAUAUGGAAUUAGCAAAGGACCAGGCUGCCGUUACAAAUACUAUUAAGAGUGAAGAAGAGCCCACUCUUCCAGUAUUGACCAGAGAGAUGAGUGACCCUAGCCCCAUUGCUGAGAAAGAAGAAAGCUCUCUAUCCAAACAACCAGACUCUGUACAAGGCAGUGCAACCCCUGAGAUACCUACUCUAUCAUCGGAAAGCAAAGACAAAGGUAUGCUACAGGACGCAACAGCAAAGCCACCAUCAGAGACACCAUCGGACACACCAAAGCCUGCACCAGAGGCAUCGGUGUCCCUUGAGACGUCUGAGGAAAUGGACAAAGCUCCAGAGGAUCAACCUGAGUAUCAUGAAGAAGCAAUAGAAGCAACAUCAUCUGGAGAGGGUUUCCUGAUGAGAGAAAUGUCGCUUCCAGACCAUGAAGACACCGACUCCACCAGCUCGCGUUCCGAGACUCCUAAAUCCUACUUAUCGGAACCGCCCCCGGAGGAUACGUCCCCAAGCGUUAGGACACGUCGGUCCGGUCGAAAGUCUCCAGGGGCAGCCACAACUCCAGGUCUUGAGGGUGGUCCAAUGGGAACCAGAACCAGGAGCACCAGUGGUUCUUUGACAUCUGCUGCUGCCAUGGCAGAUAGGGACGCUGAUGGCAUGUCUGACCAGGAUGGGGUGACAACAAGGAAACGCAGCUCGAGACACAAUGCAAAAGCGGAGAUGUACUAUGGACCAAUCCCAGCCUACAAGAGAAGAAAACCCAAUCAGAAAUAAACGGAGAACAAAACUUUCCUACUUCUUAUUGUGAGCUGCAUGCCGAGGCUGAAGACCCUAUGGAAGAAUGACCCUGUACAGACGAUGAAAGGUCAAUGGACUUUUUAUGCUACUGUGGAACUUCUUUAUGGAGAACACAUUUAUAAAGUGGAACCUCGUUAUAAUGAGGUUCUUUGGACCGUGGAAAUUACCUUAUAUUAGGGUAAAAACCCCAAAAGAAUAUAAAGAGCUGGGACCAGCAAAUUUUACCCCACUAUAACAGAUACCUUGUUUUAUCAGAGUUCUUUGUAAUGGGGUUCCACUGUAGCAAACUUUCAUUGAAAUAAAGUAAUUUUGCCAGCCCCAGAUAUUGUCUUUUUUAGGGGUUGGUCUUGUCAUUAUCGUGUUUUUUUAGCCCUGAUACAACAAGAUUUCAAAGUGACGAGGUCAUUGGGUAAUUUUCUUUUUCCUAGGGUGUUUAAUAAUAAUAAUAUUUAAUUUAUGAUAACAAGGAUCCACUGUGAAGUGGUGUAUUUGUUUUUUGUAUUCCCUGUAAAGGUGCUGGUAGUUAUGAAUAAGUUGCACAUGAGAGGCCACAUGGUCAUUUGUUGAUUUAUGCUCAUUUGAUAAUUCUAAACCAGAUAAAUAUUCUUAUGUAAAGUCGGUUAUUAUAUGCCGAAAGAAAAAAGGAUCUAUCUAGAUAUAGCAAUCAUGGGGCAUUGUUAAAUAAAAUGUUGAAUAUAAAUAAAUUUUUGAUAGAUACUGUGUUUUGACAGUUAAUAUUUUGUGUAAAAAGAAUCGUAAUACAAGAGAAGCAGUGUUAUUGUUUUAUUUCAAUUAUUUAUCACCUUGAAAAGUAAAUUACCCUUAUUUUCAGAAGAUCAUGGCUAAAAUUGUAUAUUGCGUAGCAAAAUAAUAUUGUUACAACAAUCGCCAAGUAAACAUUUUGAGGGGGAGGGGGGCUACAUUUCUAAUCUUUUAUAACCCCACUACCUCCUGCAUUUGUUGUUGUAGAUUUUGAUUGCUUCGGUGGUAAAAAAAAUGAAGUGUCACAUCAGGGAUUCAAAGGUCGUGGAAAAACCAGGAAAGUCAUAGAGAAAUGACAAAAUUCUCCUAAGUCAUUGAUAUUGUGAGGGGAGGCGGAGGCAAUCGCAAACAAUAAAUAAUAUAUAUCACUGUGUGUUAUUUGUAUACCACUUGGAUGCCGCAACCAAUACCAAAAUGGUACUUAUCUUUUCAAGGAAAAAGGCAAAAAUAGAUCAUGGAAAUUCAUUGAAUUUAGUACCUUAAUUUCUCUGUGGAACCUUGGAUAUAUAUUUUGUGAGACCAUGUUUUUUACCACCAAGGCAACAAAAGACACCUUUUAUGCUGCCAGACAUAAACACCCUCUCCCCCCCCCCCCAAAAAAAAGGAAGAUGAGGCAGAGAAGCAACCGUUAUGUUUGAGGCCUGAUAACCAGUUUACUUGUGACCUUAAAUGUUUUGAUACAUGUUAUUGAAAAUGGUGCCAAAUGGUGAAGAAAAUUAUUAAUGGUUGUUGACAAAUGUAAUUUUGGGUACAUGGUUUGCAACCAUUCAUGAAUUCACGACACUAAUUUCCUUUUUAUGUAAAUGUACCUACACUGUUUGUGGAACACAUAGAGAAUCCUUAUAAAUGUAUUUUUACUUGUAAAUACAAUGUCUGACAAAAUAUGGAAGCUUGGAGAGAGAGAGAGAGAGAGAGAGAGAGAGAGAGAGAGAGAGAGAGAGAGAGAGAGAGGGGAAUGAGAGAGACUUAAUGUAAAUAUUUAUCCAGUGGGCAUAAAUCAUGAAUUUCCAAUGUGAAUUCAAGAGCAGGGGCCAGAAUGUUCAAUAAUUGUUCAUUUUUUUGUCAUUGUUUUGUGUUAUUUAGUACUUUUUUAAAUGCAGUCAAACAGUAAAAACAUGGGUUCAAUGAAAAUAAAGAGCCCGUGUAGAUGGAAAAGCAAAAAAAGAAUUGUGAAAUUGCAUGGGUGGAAGAAGAAAGAAGAAUAAGAAAGCUAGGGAGUAUGCAAAGAGAAAGGAAAAUUCAAGCUAGAAUUUUAGAACUAGACUAUAGUAAAUAUGUCUGUAUUAUUUUUGUGUUGUCUUUCUUGAUUAUGUGAAUGUCUUUUCUUUUCAUGCUAUGUCCUCACUGAAAUGUCAUUUUCUUUUUUAAUAAUGCAUUUAAAGUAUUAGUAUUAUUUGCACAGUGUUUGAUAUUUUGUGGUGCAUGUUUAUAUUCUGUCAAUUGUAUUUGCCAUUUAAUUCAUUCAUUUGUAGAAGUGUGCAUUAUUACAUGUAAGGAAGCGCAAGUGCUUUUCACUUGUCAAUGGGGAAGAUUUUGAAUAAAAAUGUUUCUAUGAAAUGUCA